AUUGUUUGAAGUGCGAUUCAAUAUUAUUUAAUAUUUGGGAUAGUUUCGAAGUUAUAAAGAAUCAAGAUGCCAGCAAUCGGAAUUGAUCUAGGAACGACCUACUCCUGCGUCGGUGUUUGGCAACACGGAAAUGUGGAGAUCAUCGCAAACGACCAGGGAAACCGUACGACACCAUCGUAUGUGGCCUUCACGGACAACGAGCGUCUCAUCGGGGACGCCGCCAAGAACCAGGUGGCUCUGAACCCCAACAACACGGUGUUCGACGCCAAAAGACUGAUCGGCCGCAAGUUUGACGACCCCAAAAUCCAACAGGACAUGAAGCACUGGCCGUUCAAGGUGGUCAGCGACGGCGGGAAACCUAAGAUCCAGGUCGAGUUCAAGGGGGAGAUGAAGAAGUUCGCGCCGGAGGAGAUCAGCAGCAUGGUUCUGACUAAAAUGAAGGAGACCGCCGAAGCCUACCUCGGGACGACGAUCAGAGACGCCGUUAUCACCGUGCCGGCCUACUUCAACGACUCCCAGCGCCAGGCCACCAAGGACGCGGGCGCCAUUGCCGGCCUCAACGUGCUGAGGAUCAUCAACGAGCCGACUGCGGCGGCGCUGGCGUACGGCCUCGACAAGAAUCUCAAGGGCGAACGAAACGUAUUGAUUUUCGACCUCGGCGGCGGGACCUUCGACGUCUCCAUCCUCACCAUCGACGAGGGCUCGCUGUUCGAGGUCAAGGCCACGGCCGGCGACACGCAUCUAGGAGGCGAAGACUUCGAUAACCGGCUCGUGAAUCAUCUCGCCGAGGAAUUUUUAAGGAAAUACAAGAAAGAUUUGCGCACAAACCCACGCGCGCUCCGCCGCCUCCGGACGGCCGCCGAGCGCGCCAAGCGGACGCUGUCCUCGAGCACUGAGGCCUCCAUCGAGAUCGACGCGCUCUACGAGGGCAUCGACUACUACACCAGAGUGUCCCGGGCGAGGUUCGAGGAGCUGUGCUCCGACCUGUUCCGCGGCACCCUGGAGCCGGUCGAGAAGGCCCUGAAGGACGCCAAAAUGGACAAGGGACAGAUUCACGACGUCGUCCUCGUCGGCGGAUCGACUCGCAUCCCGAAGGUCCAGAAUCUCCUGCAGACGUUCUUCUGCGGCAAGAAGCUGAACCUGUCCAUCAACCCCGACGAGGCCGUGGCGUACGGAGCCGCUGUCCAGGCCGCCAUCCUCAGCGGCGAGUCAGACUCCAAGAUCCAGGACGUGCUGCUCGUGGACGUGGCCCCCCUGUCCCUGGGCAUCGAGACCGCCGGCGGCGUGAUGACGAAGAUCAUCGAGCGCAACUGCAAGAUCCCGUGCAAGCAGUCGCAGACGUUCACCACGUACUCGGACAACCAGCCGGCCGUCACCAUCCAGGUGUACGAGGGCGAGCGCGCCAUGACCAAGGACAACAACCUGCUGGGCACGUUCGACCUGACCGGCAUCCCGCCGGCGCCGCGCGGCGUGCCCAAGAUCGACGUCACCUUCGACAUGGACGCCAACGGCAUCCUCAACGUGUCCGCCAAGGAGAACAGCACCGGCCGCUCCAAGAACAUCGUCAUCAAGAACGACAAGGGCCGCCUGUCGCAGGCCGAGAUCGACCGCAUGCUGUCCGAGGCUGAGAAGUACAAGGAGGAGGACGAAAAGCAGAGGCAGAGGGUCGCCGCCCGGAACCAGCUCGAGUCCUACAUCUUCAGCGUGAAGCAGGCGCUGGACGACGCCGGGGCGAAGCUGACCGACCAGGACAAGAACUCGGCGCGCAGCGAGUGCGACGAGGCGCUGAAGUGGCUCGACAACAACACGCUGGCUGAGAAGGAGGAGUACGAGCACAAGCUGAAGGAGCUGUCGAGGGUUUGCUCGCCCAUCAUGAGCAAGCUGCACGGCGCCGGCGGAGCGGGGGCCGCGCCCGGUGGCCAGCCCGGCGCCGGACCCACCGUCGAGGAGGUGGACUAAACUUGUCAAAUUCCAGUGAUACCUAACAGUUUACUUAUUAUUUUAAGACUGAUUACUUAUAGUAAUUUAUACUGCACAAGAUAAUUUUUUGAGUUUUGUAAAUAAUGUUACGUUGUUUUUGUAACUCUUCUUAACUGCACAAGGUUUUUUGUUAGUUUAAAAACUAAUAAACGAAACUAAACCUAAAA